AAUCCCUCAAUUCUUCCGAACAAUAUUUUCAUAGGCUAGCUCUAUAUAUUCAAGUUGCAAGUACCUCACUUAAGGCAUCACACGAAAUGGCUAUAGACACACUCUUUAGGGAGAUUGCUGCAGCAACUCUAGUCUUUCUUCUCACUAGGCUCUUCCUUGGUUCCCUCCUCCUCCUCCUCCUCCUCAAACUGGCCCGUUAACUCCCGCCCGGUCCGAAAGGGUGGCCGGUUGUCGGCGCCCUACCCCUUGUUGGAACCAUGCCUCAUGUUUCCCUAGCCCAAAUGGCCAAAAAAUAUGGACCCAUCGUCUACCUGAAAAUGGGCACUUGUGACAUGGUGGUAGCCUCGACUCCCAAUUCAGCUCGAGCCUUCCUUAAAACCCUAGACAUGAAUUUCUCGAACCGACCACCAAAUGCCGGUUCAACCUACAUGGCCUACAAUCGCCAAGAUAUGGUUUUUGCUGACUACGGCCCGAGAUGGAUGUCGUUACGUAAGUUAUGCAACCUACACAUGCUUGGUGCAAAAGCGCUUGAGGAUUCAGCCGGUAUCCGAGCUAUAGAGACGGGGCACAUGGUUCGAGCCAUGUGUGAAUCGAGCCAGAAAGGUGAGGCGGUGGUGAUACCAGAGAUGUUGACUUUUGCCAUGGCUAACAUUAUAGGCCAAGUCAUACUCGGGCGUCGAGUGUUUGGCGAAAAGGGUGUGGAGUCGAAUGAGUUCAAGGACAUGGUGGUGGAGCACAUGACCUUGGCCGGACAAUUCAACGUGGGCGAUUUUAUACCGGCAAUAGCUUGGAUGGACUUACAAGGGAUCGAGCGAAAAAUGAAGCGUGCGAUUAACAAGUGGGAUGCUUUAAUAAGGAAGAUGGUAACGGAGCACACGGAGUUGGCUCAUGAGCGUGAAGGGAACCCAGAUUUUCUUGAUGUUCUUAUGGCUAACACAGAAAAUCCUCAAGGCCCCGGGCUUAGCAUGACCAACAUCAAAGCACUCCUUUUGGAUCUGUUUACGGCCGGGACUGAUACAUCUUCCAGCGUAAUCGAAUGGGCACUAUCUGAAAUGUUAUUGAAUUCAGACAUCCUAAAACGAGCACAAGAAGAGAUGGAUCAAGUCAUCGGAAGAAACAGAAGAUUACAAGCGUCUGAUAUUCCAAAAUUGCCUUAUUUACAAGCCCUAUGCAAAGAAACCUUCCGAAAGCACCCUUCCACCCCUCUAAACCUCCCACGGAUGGCAUCCGAAGCAUGCGAAGUUGAUGGCUACUACAUACCAAAGGACACGAGACUAAUCGUGAAUAUAUGGGCGAUUGGGAGAGAUUCGGACAUAUGGGAAAACCCACUGGAGUUCAACCCGGAAAGGUUUUUGAGCGGCAAACCUGCGAAAAUGGAUCCACGGGGAAAUGAUUUCGAGUUGAUUCCGUUCGGGGCAGGAAGAAGGAUAUGUGCUGGAGCUAGGAUGGGAGUUGUGAUGGUUGAGUACAUUUUGGGGACAUUGGUUCACUCAUUUGACUGGAAAUUGCCUGAUGGGAUGGUUGAGCUAAACAUGGAUGAGACCUUUGGGAUCGCUUUGCAGAAGGCCGUGCCUCUCGCGGCUAUGGUUACCCCGCGGCUGCAUCCAAAUGCUUAUGAUGCUUAGGUUCAUAGGGCAUUGGGAUUUCCUGUACUCCUUUGCUUUACUUAUUGUGUCUUCAAUUUUAGAGAACCCUUCUGUCGCUACAAAUAUAUGAUCGUACGGAGUAGUACUUAAGAAAGAUGAUGAAGAUAACCAGCGGCAGGAUGUGCAGCAGCGUGAAGAUGAAUUACGUAACAAUAUACCGAUCACAUAAAAAGUCCAAUGGAAUAUCCAGAAGUAUGGCGCCAAAAUAUUCGGUAUCUUUUGGAUCGAUUUCAUGCCCAAUAUGACAUGAAUGACAGAGACCGAGACCACCCAAUAUAUCCAAUCAAGUCUAUCUCCAACAAUAUGACUCAGAUGAUUCUCACUCAAAACUCAAACUCACGUCAUCACCAUAUGCCAGCUAUUAAUUUUCUAGUUUGGAGUGUUGUGUGCAAUAAGUGUGGCUCAUUGUCACUCGGUGUGUGAAGUGAAAGAAAGUUAAAAGUAAAGUUGCAAGAAUAUUGUUGCUUUAUCUUUACUCAUUUCAAUUCCAUAUGGAGUAGUGAAAGUUGUUUGUCUAUUUUAUAAACAAAUAUAUGCUUGAGUUGUAA